AAACAGAAGAGGAUUACUUAUCUGCCCAGUAAACCAGGAUCAAACUGCAGUUAUAAAUAACCAUCAACAUUCACUGGAACAUGCAUGCAAUAUGUUUAGGUCAGGGUUACAGGACCAGCAAUGUGCAGAUCUGAGAGCAACCCAGUCUAACAAAUUUUAUCCUGGGUUUUGAGACUAUUUGUACAAAUUGAAAGCUAAAAACCUUCAUAGCACUGAGAGAAAUCCAUGAUGGCAGGGACUUCCCUUAAGACUACUGGGAGGUACUUUACAAUGAAGCGGUUAUCCCUUCACACUGUUACAAUUAUGUAGACACUUAGUAGUGUACUUAGUAGUGUAGGCACAUCCUCCAAAUGCCAAACUGAUCUUUGGCAACUGAGAAAAAGCAGGGGCAGAAACCUUUCCAUGUCAGCUUUUGAGGUUCAACUAGACUACACAUUUGCAGAUGUACCGAGGUGCUGCAGUUCCUCAGUGUGAUCACCAGAGGGCAGUGAAGACUCAUGAUUGUAAACGCACUCGGGUCAGCAGUCACCUUCACCUGGUAUGAAUGGAGGCCAAAGAAAGAUGAGAAGUUGAUGUGGGUGUAUUUGUUAGAGUCCACCAAAUUUGAAACCUUGUGAAAACAAAACAACUGAGUAAACCAAUAAGAUUUUGAACACUGUGUUCUAACAGCAGAUGCCAGAAGGUGAAUCUGAUUCUAAAAUUCUGAAAUCCGACAACAGAAAACCGCACAGAGUCACAUUUUCCCUCUCACAUUGUAAACAACAAUGGGAGCCUUUUUAGAAUCCAUUUAUGAAUGAAAGGAUUGUCCUGCCACUGUGUUUAUUUCUGUGUUUGGGACGUCCCACCACCUCCUUUUCCAACCCAUCCCAUCUCAUUCCUGAGCAGCCCGUAUAAAAAUCCCAGGAAUCCCAGCCCUGUAGCAGACCUUGACGUGUGUCCACACUGAACAUCCAGGAUGAUGAUGGGGAUUAUUCUGUUUCUCUUGUUUCUGGGGCUUCCUCUUCACAAGACGGAGGAGCAUGUUAUCAAUGAGCUGUACACCGUGAUCGAAAAGGGUCAGACCAGCUUUGUGGAUCCACCGCCGAGCAACCAGAGCCGGCUGCUGGUCAAAGAGCCCUCCCUGCCCAUCAAUGAGCUCCUAGAGAAGAGCAGCAAGACCGUCGAGUCCAAAUUCACUCUCCAUCCUCUCCCCUCUGCUGUCUGGCCAAAGCACAGUGACCUGGCCCCCGUCCCUCGCCACCACAGCCCGCACAACAAGAGCAAAAAGGCCCCCAAGAGCGACCGUCUGAUGGAGCACAACAGCGAGAAAACCAGAGGAGAAAAUGUUGGCCUGCUCCCCAAAACGCUGCUAACAGGGGCCACAGCCGCUGCCAGCGGCAGCAGCAGCAACAACAACAACAACAACCGCACAGUGCAGAAAACCAGCCAGGACACCCAGUCCAACAUCAGCCCGCCUCAGCAGAGUGAACCAGAGGGACACCCCAACUCCAGACCCAGGGGUCCACCCCACACGCAGCCUCAGCCACAGCAGCCGGCCCCUUCCCCACGCAGAGAUCCCCCUAACAGACGGCUGGACCCGGAGGAGAACCGUCCGGGGAAGUCCGGUCUCUACCAGUCAGGUAUCGGUGCAGUUGCCCGGAACAACAGCCGCCCACAGAUCGCCUUCAACCGGCGCUCCUCCAGCCUGCUUUACCAGUUUGACAUCCUGAGGAGAGAGUCCGACUUCACACAUGAUGCCUUCUGCAUGAGCGAAUGCAGGAAGGAGAAGGAGGAGAGAGAGUAUUACUGCUACAGUGAAUUCGCGAUCAAUGGGAUAGUUCACGACAUCGACGUGGUGCGCAAAGGAAUACGUCUCAUUACGCUGAUGGUGAGCAGCGACGGCUUCUACAAGAUGAGCCGUCUUUAUGUGACCCCAGACAGCUUUUUCUUCAAAGUCCGUCUCCUGGUCCUGGACACCUACAAGUGCAGCAAGCCCUGCCCUGACAUCAAGCUCGGGACCAGAUACAUUAUAAUGGGCCAGAUCUACCACCGGAGGCGCCAUCUCCCCACCGACCUCCUGAACCUACUGGGGGGUAAACUGAAGCCCGGAGACGGCCUCCUGCGAAGCAACAGCUACGUCACGAGGUUCAACAAACGGAGGCACCAGAAAGCCCUGGAGGCCACCCGCUCCAGGUGUAGGUGAAGCAAAGAUAAGACUAUCGCCCCCUGCUGCAGGGGAAGAGACAUUGCAGCUCACCUGAACUGAUCAUAACUAACCCCUCAGUAUCGUGCAAGACAGAAGACUUUUUUUUUUUUUCCGGAAAGCUUGUAUUUAUUUUCUUAUGGACUGCGUAUGAUGUAUUCCUGGGUCACUUUCUUUUUCUUUCUCGUCUGUAAAGUUCCCAGUGUAACGGCUUGUGAUAGAAAACACAAGCAGCUUCAAUGAAGUGGAUUUUCCACCAGGUUCGAAUGUUUGGGGCACCAAAGAAGGCUGUCCUCUCAGCCCUCUCAGAACAGCAGCUCCAAUCAAACUCCUCAUUCAACUCAUGGCUAGUUCAUGAAGUCCCUAAAUUGAACUGACUAACAGACCGCUGAGUCGCACUUGACCGAGUUUGGGGUUGUAUCCGGUCUUUACUCUUGCCAUAACCCAAACACACAUGGGAGGAUGUACAGAAAGGUUUAAAAAUCUACGCAUGCUUCUAGUUUUAACAAUUAACUAUUAUAUCCAAAACAAAAACCUGUCAAAAAAAAAAUGUUGAGGAAAAACACAUUUUUCAUAUAAACAUAAUGACUCUUCAAAAAUAAUGCCAGUCUAGGAAAUGAAACGCACCUUGGAUUUCAUCUUACAAAUCCAUGACUUUAAUCAGGAUUUAUUUGGUUGACUGAUGAUGCUCCUAAAGUGGUGUUAAAUGCAAAAUGCAAAAUGCUGACUUGCGCUGACAUUAGCAUUGUUUCAUAACACUCAGGACCCGAGUAUGUUGUCACUGUGGGUGUUAUUAGUGAGCAGGAAAUGCUCUGUUACUGUUACAAGGACCAAAGGGAGGGAGUGAAGGGCCUGGAAAAGCAGCAAAAAAAAACACAGUGGAGGAAGAGGAGGAGGAGGAGGAGGAGGAAGAAGGGGGGGUGAAACGGGAAGAGGGAGCACAAGACCUUUGCUUGUCACGAGAGCGGCUUAUUUUCCUAACUUUAAUUAUGUGUCCACCGUGAAAUAUCUGGGUGGACUGGGACAUCAAAAGGGGGCCUUGCUGAAUGAGGAGGGGGGGUGUUGUUGUAGGGACUAAGCCAUAAAUCCAAUCGCAGGAAUCUGAACCUCUCCGCACCUGGACACAUGAUCUCGGAAAAAGAGGGCUUCCAUCACGUCUCUUCUUGCUUACACAUAAACACGUUCUCUCCUGGCCGAGGCCAGUUCUCGAAAAAAGGAGUACUUACAGGCCGGGUCAGAGAGAAGAAGGAGGUGGGGGAGAAAAUAAAGACGGUUAUGUAAAAAUGA